ACGGAAUUUUGAUAUUAUUAAAAAAAAUUGUAAUUUAAUCUUAGUUGUUUAAUAAUUUGAUUAAGUGCUAUUAGCAAGUCACACCGAUAAACGUACUGAGCAUAACAGGAACAUAUCAAAAAUGGGGGAGCCACGAACAAUAAGGUCAAAAUCCGAAGAUCCAAUAAUGCCGCCUUCUAAAGUCAAAGAAUUCACGGAAAGUUUCCAAAAGAUGAACGAACGAGCAGUUGAGGAUAUGACAUUGAAUUUUUUCUAUAGGCCUCAUACAAUUACACUACUAUUGUGUACCGUAAUAGCUGCAAUGUAUUUUGCAUUCACCAGGAACGACUUGAAUACGGAAGAUAAUAUUUGGUCAGGCAUAGUUUGUGUCAUUAUCUUCUUCUGCGUCAUCUCAGUUUUGGCGUUUCCAAAUGGACCUUUUACUCGUCCACAUCCAGCGAUAUGGAGAAUGAUAUUUGGAUUGUCUGUGCUAUAUUUAAUGUUCCUAGUUUUUCUGAUGUUUCAAAAUUAUCAAGCAAUUAUGGGAAUAUUCUAUUGGUUUGAUCCUGAACUAGAAGAUUUUAAAAUCAACAUGGAUAAGGAAUAUGGAGUUAAUUGCUCAAUUGUGACUGUUCAGAAGAUUUAUGAGCACAUUGAUUGCUUCGCACUUGCUCAUUAUCUUGGAUGGAUGUUUAAGGGUAUUUUAAUUCGUCAUACGGGUAUCUUAUGGUGCAUUUCAGUGAUGUGGGAAAUAACAGAAAUUCAAUUUGCUCAUUUGUUACCAAAUUUUGUUGAAUGCUGGUGGGAUGCAAUAAUUCUGGACAUUCUACUCUGUAAUGGAUUUGGAAUUUGGUGUGGAAUUAAACUCUGCAAGGUAUUGGAAAUGCGUGAAUACAAAUGGGUUGGUCUGCGUGACAUUUCAUCAACGUCUGGAAAAUUAAAGCGUGCUGCCUUACAAUUUACACCAGAAAGCUGGACAGCUGUUCGUUGGAUGGAUCCAAAAUGCACAUAUAUGAGAUUUUUAUCAGUUUGUCAAUUAGUCAUAUUUUGGCAAGUCACAGAACUCAAUACGUUCUUUUUAAAGCACAUCUUUGAGAUGCCACCAUCACAUCCGAUUGUGAUUGUAAGACUGAUUUUAAUUGGACUUUUCACGGCACCGUCUGUGAGGCAAUACUAUAUUUAUUCAACGGAUACAACAUGCAAACGAAUGGGUACACAAUGUUGGGUUUACUGUGCUGUCAUGUUUGCUGAGGCUAUUCUGUGCAUUAAAAACGGAAAGGAAUUAUUUAGUCAAACACAAGCAACAAAGGUCAUUUGGUGGCUACUCAUUCAAGCUGUAUUAUCAAUUAUUUUCGUUUCGGGCUGUAUGUUUUAUCAUAAGCAUUUCCAGAAGAGUGAUAAUGAUGCAGAAUUGACACCACGUAAACAUAAAUCUAGCUGAAUCAACUAGUAUUAGAAUUAAAUACCAAAUUUUAAGUAAUUUUUAAUUAUUUUUGUCGUAUAUCCAAACCACACGUAAAGACAAAUUUUCUUCUUCUUAAAAAAAUAGUUAUGCUUGUAGUUUCCUAUUAACUGCGGAGAAACAUGAAUUUCCAAUUGCUUGAGUACGACAAAAUUUUAUGUGAUAACAAAAUUAUCAUCCGUUGGUUUUGAUUGGAGUAAUUGCCUGUCACAAUAAAUUCUACUGUUAAUUUUAAUGAUAUUAAGUGUGACACGAAUAUUAUUUAAAAUCUGACACUUUUGGGAAUCAGGAUCUGAAAAUAAGUUUGAUUUGAUUCAAAUGGAUAUGUGUGAAGUUUUUUAAAAAGACUUUUUGAAACUCGGUCUCAUUUUUUGAUGGAAUUGUAAUGUUUUAAAACACAAACAUUUGUAGAGUUUCCAAAAUAAGUUGUAAUUUGUGUGGUUUUAAAAGACAUUGACAACAUUUGUACGGUUAUCAGACAUUAAACUUUAAAAUCCUGAAGCAUCACAUUUAAUUUUGUCGUAUAGAAUUAA